GCUGGUUGAAAAAAAAUCGACGAACUUUUUCUCUAGUAAUAUAUUUUGCAAUUUUGAUUAUACCUGAAUUGGGAAGGCAAAGAUUUUCUGUAUAAAUUGUCUCGCCAUAAACAUAACGAACCCGUUAAGUUCUGUUUGUUAGUAAGGAAAAUGGUAUUCGUCCGACCGAUGUUGAGUUCGGCUCGUCGUAUUCCUAUGAUCAAAUUUCGAAAAGGCGGUCCAUAUUUAGAUAGCGGUAACACCGGACACCAAACGGCCGCCGCUGCAGGUGCACCAAUAACAGCACAAACUAGAUCUGUUUCUUCGGGUGAGGCCAUUGAGGAAUGGCAGCUGCCGGCUCGGUAUCGAAGAAAACCAAUUGAUAUCGUCGAGAUGGAAUGGAUCAAUCGUGGAGGACCUCCACUCUAGAAUGUGGAUCAGCAGUGUCGAAAGAUGGAGCUAUUAUAGAUCCUAGUCAUAUAAAGGCAAAUAAUUGCCCACAUUUAUCAUUGUCAUUCUUGUUAUCAUAACAGCAUUUCUCAUUGAUGCGCUCGCGAAACUCGAUGUCUAUUUUGAGGCUGGAACGAACAGUGGUACUGAGAGUAAAUUUUGAAUAUCAACGAAGGUGCUGAAAUAAAACUUUAUUAAAGUCGAAAUUAAGUAUUCUCAAAUAAACCUUUCGUUCGAAA